AUGGCCGACUAUGCUCCACCUCCGGGUCCACCUCCACCUCGCGUCCCUGAAGGCUGGAAGGCUCAGUGGAAUGACCAGUACAAGGAGUGGUUCUACGUGAACCUACACACCAAGCAAUCUCAAUGGGAGAAGCCCACUGAACCUGCGUAUGCUUCGUCAGGCGGCCCUCCUUCAGGCGCUCCUCCAGGCUACGACAACCACCAGUCCCAGUACACUGGCCCCGAGAAGGGUGGCUACGGUUCAAACAACCCUUACGGCGGCUCUUCGAUUCACUCGGCCGGCUCAUCACACAAUGUCAACGACGAUGAGGCCCUCGCUCGCAAGCUCCAGGCUGAGGAAGAAGCUCGCGCCCGCCAGUCGGGCCAGUCCACAGCCCGCACAGGCGCAUCCGACUCCUACUACGGCUCUGGUGCUCCUCAGUACCAGUCCCAAGGUCCUCAGUACCAAUCUCAAACUCCUCAGUACCAGUCCCAGCCCCAAUAUUCAAACGACCUGCCACCCCGCGAUCAGGACCGUGGUAAGAAAGGCGGUCUCUUUGGCAAGCUGCUUGGCAAGGCCUCAGGCUCGAGCUCACGUCCCCAGCAAGGCUAUCCUUCAGGUGGCAUGAUGGGUGGUGGCUAUCCUCAACAGCAAUACGGCGGAUACCCUCAGCAAGGCUAUGGAGGCUACCCACCCCAGCAAAUGUACGGACAGCCGCAACGUAAGACUGGUGGCGGUAUGGGCAUGGGUGGCAUGGCCUUGGGUGCCGGUGCCGGUCUGCUCGGUGGUGCUUUGCUGAUGGACGGCAUCGACCACAUGGAAGACAACGCCUACGAUCAAGGUUACGAGAAUGGAGGCGGUGGUGAUGACUAUGGCAAUGACGACUUUGGCGGCGGUGAUGACGGUGGCGGUGACUUCUGA